AUGGACCACUCAACCAUCCCAACACCACCAACCCCCAAACGUACAUCCACAUUCCCACAAUCAAGUCCACCCAAAGACCCUCACAAAUCCCUCCACCUAAACAUCGGCAUCGAGCUGUCACCGCCACACCCACCACCCAUCCCCUUCCCAACCUUCAUCGAACCAACAACACCAAACUGGGACGUCCCCAUAACACCAACCCGCAGCAAAUCCCUCCUCCGCCGCCACAACCUCGUCCCACCUCCCUCUCCAGACACCACUCCAUUCUCACCACCCCCGCCAACCCAUCCCCAAGAAAAAGAUACCAAACAACUAGUCUACAACCUCGCAACCUCCACCUUCCGCACCGCACCCCGCUCCACCCUCCUCACCCCCCACCUAGAUCCAAUCACACCUCCCACAAACCCAGCAAUCCGGUCUCCCGCUAACGUGCUCCAAAAACGCACAUCCCGCGCGUCACUCAACCCAUGUUUCGAACUCGACGAGAGGUCUCCGCCUAUGCUGAUUGAUGGCCGGAAAACUAUCGUGCGGAUCCCGCGCUGGAAGAGGGAGAUGGAUGUGUAUUGGCGGCGGGGCAUGGAUGUGCGGGGGCGGAAUGGGAGAGGGAGUGGGACAGGCGGGACGGAGGUGCUGGUUACGAGGGUGAAGCUGCCGAGAUGGGUUUGGUUGGGGAGGAACGUGUGGGGGAGGUGGGACGAAAUUUGGGUUGAAAGGGUUUGA